AGAGGAACAUGUCCGCAGAGGAAGAGCAGCGGAGCCCGAAGAAGAAGAAUUUAACAGUUCCCGGUUAUGAAGCGCUCUUGCUCUUGUGGCUCAGUGCUCACCGAUGCAUCACUAAAUGUUUUGGAUUUAAAGCAUCACCACUCGGUCCUGUAGCUGUUUAAUUUACGUCCCGGUACGAACUUCCGCCUGACGGACUUCUGACGACAGCUACAUGUUGUGACAGCAACAUUCAGUGCCAUYAUUGCAACAAACGCGAGUAGAGACCCGGGGCGAUGGAGGAGGGCUCUGAGGUGAUGGAGGACAUUGUGUUUCGAGGUGUGGAGUUUUCUGUGAAGAUGGAGUUGGACAAGAAUUUGCUGAUAGUGGAAAUCUCUGACUCGGUCACAGCGGAUCAGUGGAGAGGGGAAUUCGAUCCAGCGUAUAUCGAAGACCUCACUCGCAAAACUGGCAACUUCAAACAGUUUCCCAUUUUCUGUAGCAUGUUGGAAUCUGCUGUCAGAAAGACAAGUGAUUCAGUUACUCUUGACCUCCUGACUUAUGCUGACCUGGAGCUGCUGCGCAACAGAAAAGCCGGAGUGGUCGGUCGUCCUCGUGGCCAUCAGCAGUCGUCUGCCCUCACUGCYAAAAGAUACCUCAUCCUCAUCUAUACUGUGGAGUUCGACAGGAUACACUACCCUUUACCUCUGCCGUAUGUGGGGAAACCCGACCCGGCUACCCUUCAGAAGGAGAUCCGAACGCUCAGGGCAGAGAUCAGCGCCCUCACCUCCCAUGGAGUUAACAAAUCUGCAGAUCUCGAAAUACAACGGCUACGGCAAGAGCUGGCUGUAGUAAAAGAAGAGAAGGAAGGCAUGGCUAAGGCGCUGGGGCGACUGCAGUUGAGUGGAGGUGGCUCCAUGGCCGGGCGAGAGGACUGGAGGAUCAGAGAGGUGGUGAGGACGCUGGAGGAGCAGCUCGUCAAGGAGAGGGCCAAAAGCCAAAGGUCAACAAGCAAGCGGUGCCAGGAGCAGAGACUCCUCAUGGAGCAGUUGGAGGAGCUGAAAGCAUCAGAGUGUGCUCUCCGCGUUCGAGUCAAGAGUCUCACCAAUGAACUGGCGUUGCUACGGAGAGGGUUAGACAAUCUAAGCGUCAGAGURACUCCUGUGUCGGGCCACGUCAGCUCUCGAGUUGAUGGGGAAGUUUAUCGCUCUCUUUCACGCGAGAGGAGGCCCGGGUAUGGGAUGGUCAGGGCUCGGUCUGGGUCUAGAGAGCGGACGGAGGACAACCGGUACAGGUUAGUGGAAAGAGGAAGACGAGCAGACUCUUCAGGACCACAAACUCACAUCCCCAGGCCGUCGCCUUCCCCAACAGGAUCCAGGGUGCCACGCUUUGACCCRACAGCUUACAUCCAGGACCGGCAGCGCAGACAGAAAGAGACUGAACUCAAGAAGCAGAGGAAGGUGCGAAGGGACAUGCUGGCCUCACCCGUCGUCCCCGAGAGGGGCCGCUCCCGAUCCAGAGAGGCCUAUCGUCAGGUGGUCCGGUCUGGCAGCAGAGGCAGGAGUCAGUCUGGGGAGCGCAGAGGCAGCAGGAACUCCUCUGAGAGCUCAUUAGUAGAUAUGGAUGAAAUGGCCCAAACUCUGUUCAGGGGAAGAAAACAGACUUACAAUGGACCUAAUGUGUCUCGAGGCCUUAUGACCAGAAAGCCAGUAUGCAGCACUCCAACACACAGACUCAAAGACAAAGAGGGCUCGGUGGGUACGGGGACUGAGCUGUCAGAGAUCGACGCCAGGCUGCAGGCCCUUCAGGAGUACAUGAGGGACUUGGACACGGGACACUAACCUGCUGCUCCAGUUCCACCUGGACUUUCCAGAUGUGGAGUCUGAGGAAAACGUGUUCAGGUAAAAGAGUCUGAUCUGCAGGAAACUCCAGAUAUCACUGUGAAGGACUGUUUGUGCACUGUGUAAUUAUUGUUUUUAAUCAAAUGUUUUUGAUUUUUCACUUCAUUAAACCAAUGCUAAAAAUUGGCAGUAAACCAGUGGGAAAAUAUUAAUAAAAUGUUGUUUUUGAUGUAACUAAUUGACAUGUCUGAAUCUCAAACUGAUAUUUUUUUUUUGUUCUACAUUUGUUUUUUGUAAUUUUAUGGUGCUCAUCAGUAGAAGUGUAAGUUAAACAUUGUUGUUUCUCCCUGCCACAGUGCAUGCUGGGAUAUCCUCAAAUUUUAGUCCCCCAAAAGGCAAAUAAAAUAGUUUGUACUUUCAGAAGUAGGUUUUAAAAAUGUAUUUCCUGCCAAAGCUGUUAGAUUUUCUUUUCUGCAUGACUGUGAGGGUCUUCAGUGCAUUUUUAUUUUGUUUACUUUUCUACUCUUUWAACUUUAUCCUUUUUAAAUCACUCCAACCCUAAGAGCUUUUUUUUUAAACACUAUAAAUAUUGGUUUGUCUUUACAACGUUCAUUAAUAUUGACUUUUUUUAAUAUAAAAUACUGUUGUGUCCAGACUGCUUUUGUUUUUGUACAUCCUAAAGAUAAAGAUUAUAAAUAACAUCCAAA